AUGUCUAAAGUUAAGGUUGGAAUUAUUGGGGGUUCUGGAUUCGAUGACCCAAAUUUAUUCAAAAAAGUAGGAGUGCGACAAGUGACUACUCCGUUUGGAAAGCCGUCAGAUGCUCUUAUCGAAGGUUUUGUUGGAGAUGUUGCAUGUGUUGUGCUUCCCAGACAUGGUAAAGGACACUUAAUUCCGCCCAGCGAAGUCAACUAUCGCGCCAACGUUUGGGCGUUGAGAGAUCUCGGGUGUACUCAUAUAUUAGCUACCAACGCUUGUGGUAGCCUACAGGAGGACUUAGUACCUGGAGAUUUCGUUGUUCUCAAUCAGUUUUUGGAUAAAACUUGGGGUCGUGAAAAUACGUUUUAUGGAAGUAAACCUGAUUCAUUGAAAGGAGUCUUACAUAUGCCGAUGGCAGAACCAUUUUGUGAAAAAACACGUCAGAUGUUAAUCCAAGCGGCCAAAAAUAAAUCAAUAAAUGUUUAUGACAAAAAAACUAUGGAUAAAUCCGCCUGUAUUCAUCCAUGUGUACAUACUGAAGGUUCUGCAGUAACUAUCAAUGGUCCACGUUUUUCAACUCGUUUCGAAUCAUUUGUUCAUAAGGCAAUGAGAUUGGAUAUAGUUAACAUGACAUUAGUUCCUGAAGUUUCAUUGGCUCGUGAAGCUGGUUUAAGUUAUGCUUCUAUAGCAAUUGUUACAGAUUUUGAUUGUUGA